GUUUCUAUUAGAAUAAGGUUUCCUAGGUAAAUUACAGUUCACAACGAUAGGUGCAAUAUUUUAAUGGAUCUUAAAAUUCUUGUUUUGCGUUCACUACUUUUAUUUGUGUUCGUUUUACAAGUUCUAGCAGGGAGAGAUUUUUAUAAAAUAUUGCAAGUUUCAAAAGAUGCCACAACGAAACAGAUAAAAUCAGCAUACAGAAAAUUAGCGAAACAAAUGCACCCAGACAAAAAUCCCGAUGAUCCAACAGCAACUGAGAAAUUUCAAGAACUGGCUUUGGCAUAUGAGGUCCUUGCUGAUAAAAAUAAGAGAAGUAAAUACGAUAAGUUUGGUGAAGAAGGAUUGAAAGAUGAAAUGAGUGGAGGGGGAAGCCAUGACCCAUUUUCCAGCUUUUUCGGAGAUUUUUUCUCAUUUAACUUUAACGGAGAGCAACAGCAAGGCCAUAGAGAUGUUAUAAAAGGAGAUUCAUUCGUUAUUCCUCUAGAAGUUACUUUAGAAGAAAUUUAUUCUGGAAAUUUUGUUGAAAUUGUAAGAAACAAGCCAGUUACAAAACCUACAUCUGGUACGAGGCAAUGUAAUUGUCGAAAUGAAAUGAAAACAACACAAGUUGGGCCGGGCCGAAUACAAAUGACCCAACAAAGAGUUUGUGAUGAAUGUCCAAAUGUGAAAUUUGUGAAUGAGGAAAAAGUUCUUGAAAUGGAGAUUGAACCUGGAAUGGAGGAAGGUGUGGAAUACCCAUUUGUUGGUGAAGGUGAACCAGAUAUUGACGGGGAACCAGGAGAUAUUCGAUUCCAAAUUAAAAUAUUGAAGCAUCCAAUUUUUGAACGUAAUGUAUUAGACCUUUACACAAAUGUGACCAUCUCACUGACAGAUGCUCUGCUUGGAUUUAGUAUGAACAUCACGCAUUUAGAUGGAAAACAGGUACAUAUAGAAAGAAAGCAGGUCACUUGGCCCGGUGCGAGAAUUAAGAAAAAGGGUGAAGGUCUUCCUUCAAACGAAAAUUACAAUUUACGAGGAAAUUUAAUUAUUACGUUUGACGUUGACUUUCCAAGAGGUGAACUAACAACUGAAGAAAAAGAAGGUAUCAAGAAAAUUUUGAAGCAGAAGUCUAAACAGAAAGUAUAUAAUGGCCUUCAGGGAUUUUAAUCGUACUUUUAUUUAUUGUGAUGCCUAAUAUUGGUGAAAUUGUUAAACAGAAAUUGUUUGUAAUACUCAAUUGAUUGGUCAUGCGUUUUGUGCAGAUAAAAAUGGCUGUACAGUCAAGUCAUAC